AUGGCCUCCACGCCCACCGUUGCCAAGUCGCCGCCGGUGCUUAUCCCGCCGGCCGGGCCAACCCCGGGCGGCACACUCCCGCUCUCAUGCAUCGACAAGGCAUUCGGUGGUUCAGGAUUCGUGAGCCUCAUCCAGGUGACGGCCGUCGUGUUUAAGUGCCGCGCGCUGGCACUGGCGGCGGCGCUCCCGGACGACGCCGAGGUCCGGGUCAGCUUCGCCGUCAGUACGCGGCACCUCCUCCGCGGCGUGCUGCCGGCGGUGGACGGUUACUACGGCAACUGCGUGUACAUGGCGUGCGUCGCUAGGACCAGCAGGGCCGCCCGGGAGUUGGCGCUGGUGGAGCUGGUCGGCGCGGUACGGGAAGCGAAGGAGGCCGUCGCCGCGGGGUUCGCGGACUGGAUGCGCGGCGUCGAUCGCCCCGACGUGCCGCUGGACUACAGCACGGCGACUCUGUUGGACUGGAGCCGCCUCGGGUUCGAUGAGGUGGACUACGGCUUCGGCGUGCCAGGGUACGUAUGCCCUCACGACGAGCAGGUCAACUUCGCCGCGACGCUCCUAUUCGUCAGGCCGCCGGCGCCCAGGCGCGAGGGGAUCCGGGUGCUGCUCCGCUGCGUCGAGGAGCCGCACGCCGCCAUGUUUGCUGCCGAGCUUGCCAAAUUCGCCUAG